GUUAAUUUGUUUGUAAAUCGCAGACUUUUAGGUUGUGAUAUUUGUACAACUAUUGCGUAACUUAUUGGUGAGCAAUGGCUACCAAAAUGAUAUAAAGUACAGGCUGUGGUGGCCUGCACCAGCUUAGUGUACGUUAUAUCGUAAAGUCGUGUGUAAAGUAUACCUUAAGUCUUACGUUGAAAGUAGCUAGUUUGAAACUAGCGCCGUGUUCUUUGUCGGUUGCACCACUGCCACUUAAAUUACAUCGUAGUUAGCAGCUACUAAAUAAAGUUACUGUCGUAAUGAAUGACGUUUUCACCGUGGACAACCAAUCAGCAUCACUGUCUGAUAUUACUGGAACUAACUUGCUGUUCUCCAUGCUUUUCGACUACUGUAUACACAUUUUGUAUCUAGUCUUAGUAAUGUCCUUCUACAGGCGUUGCUUAGUUGUUUGGGAUGAAAAAAAUAUUAAGUUUGGGUUAUAAAUAGUUACCGAUUUAUGUUCUCAGUAUCUGUGAGAAGAAUUUCAACCACAGGGCAACUCAUCUGCUAGAUCUAGAUGAUCGCAAAAAGUUGCCAGCUGCUGAUUGAAGGUUUUCAAAUAGAACUUUGUGGCCCAAUAUCAAUAGGAAAGUGCCCGAGACACAUUUCCCAGCAUCAUUGCUCAAAAGGUAGCCUUGUACUGUCUAGGGUGAAGACGUGUGCUCGCUAGGUAUGUCUAUCAAAUUUCUGGUAAUUUCGUGGUAAACUUAGUAAUUUAUUGUGGAUGUUUGACAGCCGUUCUGCUACAUGUAAGGCUCGAGCUCAACAACGCACAACAAACAAAGGAAGGGCAACAAAUUUGUCUAGCUUGGCAGCUAAUGUUAGCUGACUGGUCAUAUCAAGCCGCGGAACUUGUCUUCAAUCAGAAGGAAAAGGUAGAAAGUUACUAAAAUGAUGUCUGAACUUUAUACUACUGGCCUUAUAUACUUCAGAUAAGUUUGUAUGGACAAUUAAUUGGUCAUGUAUUGCCAAUCUUAUUGUGCUGUUUUGGAGUCAAAUUCACCCCGGUACUAAACGUUAUGGACUAUAAUAAUUUUCACAUUGACUAAUACACUCCACCUGUUUCACUAUGAAGGGCUAUCCUUUACAUUAUACUGGGUAACUUUUCUUUACCAUGUAAUGGUAGCAAAGGUCCAGUUUCACUGCUGUAGAUCUCCAUAGAGACACGAAAACAGAUGAAAACUUAUAUACUUCUAGAUAAAGGUUUAUGUCUUUCAUGUGAAACUGACCCCAGAGAUGAGGUAAGGGUGUUUGUUAACCUGAAGAUAUUGAUUUUAUUUUUUUUUAGAAAAAUGUUAGACCGUAGGCCGAGAAAGACAAAUUUUACACAUGAGGUCAUAAUCCUCCUUCCGGAAUAAAGAGAACAUAAAUUAACAUUAGAGUCCAAAUUCAAUAAUUUUAUAACAAACAGAAGGAAGCAGCAGAUAUGGGAGGACAUUACUGAGGCUGUAAAUACUAAGGGAGUGGAGCAGAGGGACAUCAGAGAGGUUAGGAAGAAGUGGAGCGACCUCAAGAUGCAGGUAGCUGAGGACUUCCCCAAAGCAGGGCGAACCGGAGGCGGCCCAAAGCCAGAUGUGGGGCCAUACUCCUCCUUAAUUCCUGACAUUGUUGGGGAGGAUUCCCCAUCACUCGUGGGAAUUGUAGGAGGUGGGAUUGAAACUGGGCUAGCAGUGCAGGUACCCACUCCCUGUUCAUCCCCACCUCUAGUAUCGCAGUCACCUCCACACCCAUGUCCAGAUACCCCUGCAUUUCCCAUACCACUGCCUCUAAUUCCACCUGCAGAGCCAGCAUGCAGCCCUCCACCACCACCAGCAAAGCGUGUCAGGCUAUCCAAGCCACGACCAGAGAUUGAGGAUGCAGAGGCCCUUAACUGUCAAUUGUAUAAAGUUGAAAUAGAAAAAAUUAAAGCAGAAACUUUAAAAAUUAGCAGACUAUAAACCUAAUCACCUCUGUGCAAACAAGCCCACCGUUUCUUCAGAACACCUAUGCACCAUUCUACCACAUUCCUUGUUCUGACAUGUGCUACAGUGUAGCACUCCUGUUGCUGAUUUGAUGGGCUAAGGUAAGGUGUCAUUAACCAUAUUCGUAAGGGACAUCCGGAGUCUCCCAGCAACCUUCCGGAAUAUCUUCCUGCUUCAUAGUCUGAACUAAGCCUAGACUGUCUGAGGAUGUAACUGUCCUGUUUCGAGCCUGGCCACUUCAUCAUGCAGUUUGUGAUAAUAAGGUCUGCAUCACAGACAAUUUGUGCGUUUAUAGAGUGGUAGCCCUUUCUAUUGACGUAGUCAAUUUUGUGGUCGCUGAGUGUUUUUAUCUUUAAGUGCGUGCCAUCCACACAUCCUAACACAUCUGAAAAACUUCUGUCAGGAUGUGUUUUGCUGUACAGGCAACAGGGGAAAGUGCGCGUAAGUGUUUAUGUGUUUAUUCAGUGACACUGCCCCUGCUCUCACGGCUCUGCACACGGUGGACUUGUGUACAUGCAUCGAGUCGCCUUCAUGACUUUGAAAAGAGCCGGUGGCAAAGUACCAGACAUACUUGUAAAGCCGAACUGAGGGCUCCGUUUCUGUCCGUAACCUGCUCUAGAUCGGCAGCUAACAGAUCGGUAAUGUUUUGUAAUUCGGCAGGGCGAAAACGAAUCCGAGCAUACAGAUCAACAUCAUCAUAUUCUUCAAAGACAUGUAAUCGGUCACGAAUGACUCUUUCUCGACGUAAACGGCGUUUAAUUUCGUCUUCCCACCGUUUAAAACGGAUAGCCAUUUUCACCACUUUUUAACGUCUUUCUUACGAUGGACUUUACACCUAAUGUUAAGGUAGUGUGAAAUCUACGCUAUAACUUAGUACGACGUUGAAACUAAAAGCGUGGUGCAACGGAUUCUUUUUUAGUAGUGCGUAAACUCGAACGUAGGGCCAACUUAUGUCCGUCGUAGGCUAAGAUCUAACUUGUCUAGCUUAGCUGGUGCAACCCACUGCAGUAUAUUACCUGAUAUUUUAAAUUAAAAAAGCACUAUCGGCAAAAAGCGAUGCUAUCACAGCGAAUGCGAGGCUGAGACUGAAGCGUUACCCUUCGUUUCCGCUGAGAGACGGAAUUCCGUGACUCAUUUCCCCGCGCGUACAGGUUCUCUUAGGUCGGCAUUCACGGUUCUACUUCUGAGAUUCAGAUUGAGUUCUAGGUAUUUUUUUUUUAAACUGGUUGGUUCGACUUUUAAGAAAUUAGAGUUCUAAUGAGUUCGAGAACUGAGGUACCACUGUAUAUGUAGUUGACUUGUAAGACACUCAAAGGAUAAGCCUGUAGGAAAAUAUUAAAGUUUUACAUGAACCUCACAUUUUACCACACGUGAUAACAUACUUGUCACAAAACACCCUGAUCCAUAUAUAUGAAUCAUGCAUUUUUUUUCGUGUGGGGGCUUCACCCGUUGUUUUAAAAAACCCACCACUGGUCGGUUAUUGCACGUUUCCGUUACAGCCAAACUGUCCCUGUGCCGCAUGUUUAACUGGCGGCUACUAAAAACAUAAUAUGGAUUUACAUAUAAUUAUAAGUAUUUUAACAGGCGAGUCAAUAUUGAUUUGUAACUAUAUACUUUUAAAAUUCAUCCUACUAAUUCUUCAACCCAAUAAAACGCCAAAUGAAACGGUGUCCUAGCUUCCCAGUGUAUACUCUCCCACAACGAAUAGUAACUGAGACGAUUCCGUAGCCCCGCUGAAAUAGAUGUGAAAUUUAGUUUUUCGAUUUUAGAAACGUAACCGAUAACAAGACAAGACAAAUUUAUCGGUGUUCGAAUUUGGGGAAUUCCUGAUUUGACUAUUCGUACAUAAUACAAAAAUGGAAUUUCUGAGAUAAGCACAGUAUACAUUUACCAAAAGUGCUGUUAAAAAAUGUCACUUCUUGUUCUACAGCUAAUUGUACAAGCAGAACGUUUGUGUUUUCCGAUCAACUGCAACUCAAAUCUAGAUUUAAAAAUAAACAUAAAAAUAAGUACGGUAUCUUAGAACACUGUGACGCAAAAGCGCAUUUUUUACGUCGUAGAACGUAUGUACACGUCAUUUCGAGUGAUAUAAAAAGGAGAGAGAGACGAGAUAUCCACAUUUUUGAAUUAUGAUGGCACACGACAUGGAGCGAGUACUGAUGUCCCCGGCGUUCGAAGUGUUUAACAAGCUUCGGCUGGCAGGACAGCUUUGUGACGUGGUCCUCAUCACCGACGGUGUUAAAUUCAACGCCCAUAGAGUAAUUCUGUGUGGCUGUAGCUCAUACUUCCAGGCUCUGUUCACCGGUGACUGGAAGGAUUCGGGAAAGCGGGAGUACCAGUUCCCAGGCAUUUCCCCAGAUACAAUGCAGCACAUCAUUGAGUACGCCUACACGUACUCUGUGCUCGUCACGGCUGAGAAUGUGGCGAACCUCCUGGCAGCUGCUGAUCGGCUGAGUAUCCUGGGCAUCAUACAGCGCUGCAGUGACUUUCUGCAUGAGCAGCUCUGCCUUCAGAACUGCAUUGGCCUUUUUAAAACUGCCGAUGGCUACGGCCUCAAUGAGCUGCACCAGUCUGUUUUCAGCUUCAUCCUUCAGAACUUCAAGGAGGUUGCCAGCAUCUCAGAGGAGUUCAUAGAUCUGUCCCUACAAGAACUUUGCGACAUUAUUGAGAAGGAUGAGCUGAAUGUGAAACAGGAAGAUGUGGUGUUUGAGGCCAUCCUCCGGUGGAUCGAGCACGAGCCUGCCACCCGAGAGGCCCACAUUUCAGCUCUGUUGCCCAAGGUGCGGAUGGCUCGUAUGGAUGUGGAGUAUUUCUUGACGACAAUAAAGAACAAUCCUAUAGUGAAGGCUAAUGGAGAAUGCAAGACAAUUGUCAGUGAAGUCUUGAAGAUACUAUAUGAUUUAGAUAAUGAAAAUCAAAAUUCGGACUUGGAAAACCCAUUGAUCUGCCCACGCCUGCCCUCUGACAUCAUUCUGGCUAUCGGUGGCUGGGAUAACUCUGCAACAAAUUCGAUUGACGCGUACGACACCCGGGCCGACUGCUGGAUGGAUGUCACGCAGCGAGACGACAGCUUCCAGGCAGGUCAUGGCACUGCUUAUUUAAAAGGACUCGUGUACUGCAUCGGGGGGUCUGAUGGCAACACCAUCACUAAUGCCGUCCGUCGGCUCGACCCCAUCACACGGACGUGGCAGCAGGUGGCCCCAAUGCACUUGCCCCGCUGUUACCACAGCGUGGCUGUUAACGAUGGGUCCAUCUAUGUCAUGGGCGGCUAUGAUGGCCAGAGGGUCUUCAACAUUGUAGAGCGGUACGACCCAGAAACUAACAAGUGGACCCUGAUGGAGCCCAUGAACGAGCGGCGAAGUGUUGCCAGUGCCACCACCCUGAAUGGCAAGAUAUACAUCUGCGGUGGCUUUAAUGGUACUGAUAUCCUCCGUACUGCGGAGCGCUAUGAUCCACGCACGGGUGAAUGGACCCAGAUCGCACCAAUGCGCACUCGCCGGCGUUGCCUUGGAGUGGCUGCUUACAAGGGGGAAAUCUAUGUGGUGGGCGGUACCGACGGGGCUCAUCCGUUAAGGAGUAUGGAGGUCUAUGACCCUGCAACGUACCGCUGGCGGACUAUGGCCCCCAUGUUCACAAUGCGCAGCAACUUCGGCAUCGCAGUGGUGGACGACCUCCUCUUUGUUAUGGGUGGCACUGAUGGAUUGACUGUGACCAAUAAGGUGGAAUGUUAUGAUGCGGACACUGGCAGCUGGUACCGUGCUCAGGACAUGAGUAACCCCAAGAAAUCCUUCAGCUGCUGCGUAAUACCUGCCUUCCACCGCAUCGUGAAUUCUGCUGCACCUCGUUAGUCCCUGAUGGCCGCCCCGCAACAGAUAAACCCACCUGCCCCCAACAGCAUCACAGACCAGUGGCCAAAACAUCCAAAUAAGUGACACAUAAUGAUGGAACCUGUCGUGAUGUUGCUGGGCGCACGGACCAUGGAAGCAGGAGAAGGACACGGAGGAUCGAGGAAAACUGGAUUUAAUGGGGAAAUGGAGCAGGAACAUGGACCAGGCAGAUCACACGCAAUGAUGGUACAACACAUCACAAGACUUCAGUGACAGAUCUAGGGAAACAUACUCUGACACGGACUUAAAUACACCAGACUAAUGGAAAAUGACUCAAAACAACUGAUGACACAGGGAUUCCACAUGAAUUUUUAUUAUUACUCUGCAUUCGUUUGUAAAUCGCAAACUUUUAGGUUGUAAUAUUUAUGUAUUUAUGAUGUAACAAUUGCGUAACUUUUUGGUGAGCAAUGGCUACCAGUGUAUUACAUGAUAUUUUCAAUAAAAAAAGUACUAUUGCCAAGAA